AUGUCUCACAGCACAGAAUUCGAGGCGCAAGGCGUACUUCGCGAGAAGAAGGAGAAGAAGAGCAAGGGCAAGGAGAGUCGAGAGGAGAGGCGCAAGCGUAAGGAAGAAAAGGAAGCAAAGCGCCAGCGCAAAGCAGAGAAAGAGGCCAAGAAGUCGAAGAAGAGAAAGCACGACGAGCUCGACGACGAUGUUCCGGAGCAAAACACGAAGCCAGAAGCUCAGCCAGUGGAGCGAUCGUCGAAGACAUCCAGCACCGCAGCCCCAAUUGCAGACACAGCAACCGAAGAGCGCAAGAAGUCGAAGCGGCGGAAGAAGAGCAAAGCCACCACUGGAGAUGCAGACACCAACCCGGAUGCAAACAAAGCAACGGACGCUUCCAACGGCGAGGCGGGCAACCUCCCCUACACCGCCACCGUCGACUCCGUGACCGCCCACUUCUCCAAAGUGUCCCCGACCUCCGUCCGCCUCAUGACCGACAAGGCAACCGGCAAGCCUAAAGGCUUCGCCUUCAUCGAAUUCGACGCCUACGACCGCAUGAAGACGUGUCUGAAGCUAUACCACCACUCCUCGUUCGACGACGGCAUCGCCCAAGCCCGUAAGAUCAAUGUCGAGCUUACCGCCGGCGGCGGCGGGAAGAGCGAGGCGCGCAAGGAGAAGUUGCAGGUUAAGAACGAGCGGCUGAGCGAGCAGCGCAAGAGAAGGAUGCUGGAAGAGGAGAAGCAGAAGGCGAGGAGGGAGAAGAAGGGGAGGGGUAAGGGGCAGGCUGAUGGGCCCGAGGGGGCGGCUGGCAAAGAGAAGGAAGCCGCGCAGGUGCAUUCAACUCAUGAGGAGCCGAGGCCGAAGCACGACAGUCAUGGUAUCCAUCCGAGCAGGCUGGCGCGGAUGAUGUGA